CGGACGCGAGUUUCAGUCGGGAGCAAGCGUUUCUAGGGUUUUGCAAAUCUCUACGAAAAACUCUCUCGCUCGUUAUUACACCCCGUAAGCAAGAUUUUUCUCCUCUUUUCCAGCGUCAUCAGUUCCAACAGCGACUGAUCUCUCCUCUCUCCGCCAGGAACGCCGAUAGAAGUAGAAGGCUUUCAAUUUCCGUAAAUCUCAGAUUCUCAGCACUAUCAUGAGGAGAUACAGCCCACCGUACUACAGUCCUCCAAGGAGGGGAUAUGGUGGUAGAGGAAGAAGCCCCCCUAGGAGGGGAUACGGAGGGUAUGGUGGGCGCAAGGAGCCAAAUAACGGGAGUUUGUUGGUUCGGAACAUUCCUCUGAACUGCAGACCAGAGGACCUUCGAGUUCCAUUUGAAAGAUUUGGGCCAGUAAGAGAUGUGUAUAUACCAAAGGACUAUUACACAGGGGAACCUCGAGGAUUUGCAUUUGUGCAGUUUGUCGAUCCACAUGAUGCCUCAGAGGCUCAGUAUCACAUGAAUCGGCAACUAUUUGGUGGAAGGGAGAUAACUGUUGUUGUUGCUGCAGAGACCAGAAAAAGGCCUGAGGAAAUGCGCACCAGAGCUAGGGUUAGGGGGCCUUCAAGCUAUGAUGGACGACGAUCUUCCUAUUAUGGGCGCUCUCGUUCUCGAUCUCGUUCGGUGUCUCGUUCACGCUCUCCUCGCUACCCUUCAAGUUCACGAGUUCGACACCGAUCAAGGUCCUACUCUCCGGCUCCAAGACGCCGAGCUGAGCUCUAUGUUUCCCCGGGGAGAAGGCAAGGAGGCCAUUCCCGAUCCCCGCGGGAUCAUGUCCAAGGACGAGAGGAGGAUCAUGUCCGUAGAAGAUCGUACUCUCCAGGUUACGACAACGCUAACCGAGCUGAAGCUGAGAAUGGCUACGUCGAGAGGGGUCCUGCAUAUGACGGAGAGGAUACACGUGGCCGUUGGAGAUCACCAGGGCGUGGCUCAAGGUCGCCAUCGGGAUCGCGUUCGAGGUCUGCUGACGUGUCACCCAGGCACAGCAGGUGAUGGACAAGCUGCAAGAUGGGAUGAAGGUUUAUCACGCCGUGUGUUCUUUUUUGGUUAUUAGAGAUAAGAAAAAAUGUGGUAGGGAAAGUAGGAACUCCAAUCAGAAUUAUGAAACUAUUCUUGUAGCCCCAAAAAACAUGUGUUUGCCUGCAAACUAACACUCCCGAACUUGAAUGACUUUCCUCCUCUCUAGCAAGUGAAACUUUUUUUUUUUUUUUUUCUAAAGAAUGUUAUGCAAUAUGGCUUAAUCCUUUUUGGA